AUGGCCUACCCAUGCAAAUUUAUUGGUUAUGUGUCGUUGCGUGUUUGAUGAUACGCUUGGAUACAUUACCUAUGUAUUAAUAUUGAACACAGCUUCAGUAAAUAUUUAUGAAUAACAAAUUCACAUUACAAUGUAUUCGUUGGUACAUAAGAUCGAAAAUGCUCACGAGGACAGCAUCUGGACGUGUGCAUGGGGUGUUACGAAGAAGGGAGGCACACAGAUGGACACCGAAGAUUCAAGAGACUCGGUACGUUCCAAAGAAGAAGAAAUGGAAUACCUGGUUACCGGAUCAGUGGAUGAUACUGUGAAAGUUUGGGAGCAGCAAAAGGGAACCCUUAAAUUCAGACAUAAAUUGACUGGUCAUUCCCUUGGUGUCGUUUCUGUAGCUGUCAGCUCUGAUGGCACAAAGUGUGCGUCCAGUUCCCUUGAUUCCAGUUUACGACUGUGGAAUAUAGAAUCUGGAGAGAAAAUAUCUAGUAUAGACGUAGGUCCAAUAGACAUUUGGACGGUAGUUUUUUCUCCCGAUGAUAAAUUCAUUGUAUCAGGCAGUCACGCAGGAAAGAUUCACUUAUACGGCACAGAAAGUGGGAAGCAGGAACAAACAUUAGAUACGAGAGGUGGAAAGUUUACAUUGAGCGUAGCAUAUAGUCCCGACGGCAAAUACAUUGCUAGUGGAGCAAUAGAUGGAAUUAUCAAUAUAUUCGAUGUGGCUUAUGGAAAGGUAUUGCGAACUCUAGAAGGUCACGCAAUGCCUAUCAGAUCACUUAGUUUUUCACCUGAUUCCCAACUACUCCUUACAGCAUCUGACGACGGUCACAUGAAAUUAUAUGAUGUAAAAGAUGCCAUUGUAGCAGGAACAAUGUCAGGGCAUGCAUCAUGGGUACUUGGAGUAGCAUUUGCAUCAGACAAUAAGAGGUUUGCAUCGAGCAGCUCCGAUCACACAGUCAAAGUUUGGGAUUUGGCACAGAGACAAUGUUUGCACACGUUUGUUGAACACAAGGAUCAGGUUUGGGCAGUCAAGUACCACCCGGGAAAGAAUAACACUCUUGCCUCGGUGUCUGAGGAUAAAUCAAUUAACUUAUAUGAACAUCCGGUAUGAGUGGCUGUGUAUAUAAUUGUGAUACGAUUGAACGCUUUUUUUUUUUACAAUAAAACAAACUUCAUUACCGAAACCAAAGGGUUUCUUGAUGAAGAUUUUACAUUAGAUUUUAUGGAGUUAUAAAGCUUUUGGAUGCUUUCAUACGAUAUCAGUAUUCAUUGGGAAGGUGUGGGUAAUCAUGUUAAUAGAAACAUGAGAUCGCUUCUGUUUUUAACACGUUUUCAUUCAAGUGGUAUCGAAGAGUAUAGGUAACGACUGUACUUCCAUCCAAGUAAUUACAAGGGUUCGAAGAUUCACCGUUAA